AUGACGAGGGUGUACAGCUUGUUGGAGAGCCUCGCCGAAAAGUUGGACAUGGACCUGACCAACCCUUCGCCGAAAGAGCCUGGCGAACACCGAUUUCGGGUGAUCUUAUCAAAGGCCGUCUUGGAUGACUUGCUGCAGAAACUCACCUCUGUCAACGACAUCCUGAAAAUAUUGAUCGACCAGUCCGCGCACCGCGGCGCUAUCCAGACCCGAAGGAAACGGGGUGGGUGGAAUAAUGCCCUCCUCCAACGAUAUCAGCGGGCAAGGAAAUAUGCAGAGGGUCUCUUCAGGGCAAUUUUGCAAGGGGAAUACUGGAAGUGUCGCUGUAGGGAGCACCACUGUGUCUACCUUCAGCUCCAAUGCAAUCCUGUCAAGACAAAUCACGGCUUGAACGAUAAUGAGAAUGAGUCUAAAUUUCGUGUUCUCUUCUCCAACACAUUGACACAGGGCUCUACGAUUUGGAGCUGGAAAGAAGUGGAAUUCGAACCUUCGGAAGAGGGUAUCACAAUGGCCCAUCUCGCCAUCACCGAGCGAACCGGAAAUAUGAAAAGGAGGGAGCAGCCACUUGAAACUAUGAAGAAGAAGGAGAAGAAGAAAGGGGUCCACUUUAAGGUUGAUACAGUAGUCAACAUAAAGACCUCCAGCUCAAGCUCAACCGGUUCUAUGCUGGAGAACAUAGGAACAGAUUCUGCCAUUGACAAAAGCAUGGCAGGUCCCAUCCUAGAUUUCUGCUCAGUCCUACGCAUGGAAACGUGUACUGACCACCACAAAACCAUCGGAUUCAUAUCCCAUGGUACUACUGAUGGCAAUGUUCGGUACACCGUGCAUGCUGUCAAGAGUUCGCACCAAAGGAUGCCUCAAUAUUCCGUCCGUGAGAUUCUUUCUACAACAAGCCGCCGAGAGCGGCUGCACAUUGCGGCAGGUCUCGCCUGCGGGCUAAUUCAGUACUAUGGAAACUGGCUUAAGCCAUCCUGGGAGAGUUCCGACGUGCGAUUGGCUGUGGACAAGGACGGCCGCACUGCGCUUUUGGAUAACCUAUAUUUAUCAUGGCCACUCUCGGGCCAACCCGCGGGCAUCACUGGGGAGAACGCUCCAUCUUGCCCUCAUGUGCAGAACGAUAUCCUCUUCCCACUAGCUUUGACUCUGAUUGAACUGUCGGUCGGAGAAACGAUUGGUGCGCUAUGGAUCACCGAGGAUGGAAAUGGAAACCCACAAACAACCAAAUUCAACACGGCAUGUCGACUGAUCAAGGAGGUGCAAUGGCAUAGUGGUGCAGCAUAUGCUGAGGUUGUCCGUACAUGCCUCUUCUGGUCCGGGGUGGGCUCAUGCUUUGGUGAUGGACAAUUCGAGGAACGGGUGUUUGAUACUGUCGUGUCUCCUCUGGUCGAGGAUCUAGUAUAUUUCGAGGGUCUUCGUGUCAUAUAG